UGAACAUCUGAAAAAAUAACACCCUUCACUAACACCUCAGACAAAUCAAUAGGGCCCUGACAUUUGUUGCGUACAGUACAGUGCUACUCAGAAUUUUCUGUGUUUUCUCCACUAAUCCAUCAGAAAGAGAGAGUUCAGUUCGUAAAAUCAUCCCCGUAGCAACUUCCACACACUCAACGAAAGAGCAGAGAUUAAGAAAUGGCCGUAAGAACUUACUGCAACAACAGAGCUCUCUUCGGUUCCAACGUGCGCGUAAAUCCUGCAGACAGGAGCCCAAUAAGACAUUAGGUCAACACAAGGCAUUUCGAAAACGCUAUUUUCUGAAGAGACGGCUAAGCAGGAGGCUUGCAGGGCCCAUCUCCUCAGAGUUACUUAUCCUCACGGAGCUCAGUACAGGUCUGUGAAAAGGUCCUCAUCAUAGGAAGGGGGACCUACACGGCCCGCCAUCGCCAUUUUGUCCUUCACAAAGCCCCGCUGCUACUUUUAAGCCUCGAGGCCACACACAAGACCUUAUCCGCCAGUCGCCCUGGCCAGACAGCUACAACACAGAAGGCAUAGUGCGUGCUAUGCUAUGUUCGCACAAUCGCUCAAAAGAAAAUAAAAAGACAAAGCACAAAAGAGUAACAGCUAUAAAGCCCACGAGGCCACUUACCGAGAGCAGUAGAAAAAUGAGAACGAAUCUCCCCCGGGGACACGAUUAAAUACCAUGCCGCAGAGGCCCACGGGAUUUGGGGGCGGGGCUAUGGCGAGCGCACGCGCAUACGUUGACCGCAUGCGACCCCGGGGAGUUGUGGGUAGAGAGUUCCAGGGAAGGAGGGCGUAGACAAAGCGCCACCUGAACUUGCGGCGCGAAAAAGGCGCGCAUGCGUCCUACGGGAGCGUGCUGGCUCACCGACCGCAUUGCGGCUUGGUUUUCUCACCCAGUGCAUGUGGCAGGAGCGGUGAGAUCACUGCCUCACGGCGAUCCUGGACUGACGGUCACGACUGCCUACCCUCUAACCCUGUUCUGAGCUGCCCCUUGCCCACACACACCCCAAACCUGUGUGCAGGAUCCGCCUCCAUGGAGCUACAGCUUCCUGAAGCCUCGAUCGCCGUCGUGUCGAUUCCGCGCCAGUUGCCUGGCUCACGUUCGGAGGCUGGUGUCCAGGGUCUCAGCGCGGGGGACGACUCAGAGUUGGGGUCUCACUGUGUUGCCCAGACUGGUCUCGAACUCUUGGCCUCAGGUGAUCCUCUUCCCUCAGCUUCCCAGAAUGCCGAGAUGAUAGAGACGGGGUCUGACUGUGUUACCCAGGCUGGUCUUCAACUCUUGGCCUCAAGUGAUCCUCCUGCCUUAGCUUCCAAGAAUGCUGAGGUUACAGGCACCAUGAGCCAGGACACCGAGGUGGAUAUGAAGGAGGUGGAGCUGAAUGAGUUAGAGCCCGAGAAGCAGCCGAUGAACGCGGCGUCUGGGGCGGCCAUGUCCCUGGCGGGAGCCGAGAAGAAUGGUCUGGUGAAGAUCAAGGUGGCGGAAGACGAGGCGGAGGCGGCAGCCGCGGCUAAGUUCACGGGCCUGUCCAAGGAGGAGCUGCUGAAGGUGGCAGGCAGCCCCGGCUGGGUACGCACCCGCUGGGCACUGCUGCUGCUCUUCUGGCUCGGCUGGCUCGGCAUGCUGGCGGGUGCCGUGGUCAUAAUCGUGCGGGCGCCGCGUUGUCGCGAGCUACCGGCGCAGAAGUGGUGGCACACGGGCGCCCUCUACCGCAUCGGCGACCUUCAGGCCUUCCAGGGCCACGGCGCGGGCAACCUGGCGGGUCUGAAGGGGCGUCUCGAUUACCUGAGCUCUCUGAAGGUGAAGGGCCUUGUGCUGGGCCCAAUUCACAAGAACCAGAAGGAUGAUGUCGCUCAGACUGACUUGCUGCAGAUCGACCCCAAUUUUGGCUCCAAGGAAGAUUUUGACAGUCUCUUGCAAUCGGCUAAAAAAAAGAGCAUCCGUGUCAUUCUGGACCUUACUCCCAACUACCGGGGUGAGAACUCGUGGUUCUCCACUCAGGUUGACACUGUGGCCACCAAGGUGAAGGAUGCUCUGGAGUUUUGGCUGCAAGCUGGCGUGGAUGGGUUCCAGGUUCGGGACAUAGAGAAUCUGAAGGAUGCAUCCUCAUUUUUGGCUGAGUGGCAAAACAUCACCAAGGGCUUCAGUGAAGACAGGCUCUUGAUUGCGGGGACUAACUCCUCCGACCUUCAGCAGAUCCUGAGCCUACUCGAAUCCAACAAAGACUUGCUGUUGACUAGCUCAUACCUGUCUGAUUCUGGUUCUACUGGGGAGCAUACAAAAUCCCUAGUCACACAGUAUUUGAAUGCCACUGGCAAUCACUGGUGCAGCUGGAGUUUGUCUCAGGCAAGGCUCCUGACUUCCUUCUUGCCGGCUCAACUUCUCCGACUCUACCAGCUGAUGCUCUUCACCCUGCCAGGGACCCCUGUUUUCAGCUACGGGGAUGAGAUUGGCCUGGAUGCGGCUGCCCUUCCUGGACAGCCUAUGGAGGCUCCAGUCAUGCUGUGGGAUGAGUCCAGCUUCCCUGACAUCCCAGGGGCUGUAAGUGCCAACAUGACUGUGAAGGGCCAGAGUGAAGACCCUGGCUCCCUCCUUUCCUUGUUCCGGCGGCUGAGUGACCAGCGGAGUAAGGAGCGCUCCCUACUGCAUGGGGACUUCCACGCGUUCUCCGCUGGGCCUGGACUCUUCUCCUAUAUCCGCCACUGGGACCAGAAUGAGCGUUUUCUGGUAGUGCUUAACUUUGGGGAUGUGGGCCUCUCGGCUGGACUGCAGGCCUCCGACCUGCCUGCCAGCGCCAGCCUGCCAGCCAAGGCUGACCUCCUGCUCAGCACCCAGCCAGGCCGUGAGGAGGGCUCCCCUCUUGAGCUGGAACGCCUGAAACUGGAGCCUCACGAAGGGCUGCUGCUCCGCUUCCCCUACGCGGCCUGACUUCAGCCUGACAUGGACCCACUACCCUUCUCCUUUCCUUCCCAGGCCCUUUGGCUUCUGAUUUUUCUCUUUUUUAAAAACAAACAAACAAACAAACUGUUGCAGAUUAUAAGUGAACCCCCAAAUAGGGUGUUUUCUGCCUUCAAAUAAAAGUCACCCCUGCAUGGUGAA